AUGGAACUUUGGGGGCAAACGAGACUGCAUCUGAGGUCGGCAAUGGAAUCAGCGCAAUGCUGGCUCUUAGCGAGCAGCUAUACGACGACAACGAGAGAUACGCGGGGAGGGGGGGGGGGAGGGAGAGGGAGCGGCAAGGGUUCGGAGUUCGGCGGCGACGGCUUCACAGACUACCAAGACAGCGUUGUGUCCGAGAGACAAAAGAAUGGCGGCUACCAGUUUUCCGAAAGCGCGAGUGUGGUGAGCCACGCCCCCUCGAUGGAACUCGAUUCCGCUUCAGCAUAUCAGAGCUACGGCCAAGAAGAGGGAGAUACCGGAGGCGUGACGACGGGGUUUGAGGGCCUAAGGUUGGGAGAUGAGCCAAGGGGAGGACGAGAGGGUGCGAUGAGCAUGUUGGAAGGGGAAGAAGGCGAAAGGGCUGAUGGCGACUACGCCAAAGAUGUGGAGGCUCCAGAGUGGGCGUGCCGUUUUUGUGGCAUUCACGAUCCGGCGUGCGUCGUGCGUUGCGUGGAGUCGGGCAAAUGGUUCUGCAACUCUUGCGGCAAUGCAUCUGGCAGCCACAUUAUCCAGCACCUCGUGCGCUCGAGAAACAAUCAGGUGUGCUUGCACCCCGACUCUCCCCUGGGCGAGACAAUUCUGGAGUGCUACAAUUGCGGGUCGCGCAAUUUGUUUCUGAUGGGUUUCGUGCCCGCCAAGGCGGAUUCGGUGGUGGUUUUGCUGUGCCGCGUUUGCGUGGAGGGAGCUCCAGGCCUCAAGGACAUGGGGUGGGACCUGUCGGAAUGGCUGCCUCUGGUGCAAGACAGACGUUUUUUGCCGUGGCUCGUCAAGGUGCCUUCGGAACAGCAGCAGUCCCGGGCGAGGCACAUUUCUUCGGCACAGAUCGCCAAGUUGGAGGAGCUGUGGAACAAGGAGCCAGAGGCCACGCUAGAGGACCUGGAAAAGCCGGGAAUAGACGACGAGGCUCAGCCGGUGCUGCUGAAGUACGAGGAUGGUUACCACUACCAGAACAUCAUGGCCCCCCUGGUGAAGCUCGAGGCUGACUACGACAAGAGCUCGAAAGAUAGCCAGGGUCAAGACGGUCUGAGCGUGCGAUGGGACCAAGGCCUCAACAAGAAGCACAUCGCGCUGUUCCGUCUGGCGCAGAGCGAGGAGCACAUGGCUAGGAUGACGGCGGGUGACGAGCUGAAGCUUUCGCUAGACCCGGUGGGGCAGCGGGCGCACGGGAAGCCCUGGGAGGGUUUGGGGCAUGUCCUGCGAAUAGCUGACAGCGAGGUGGCGCUGAUGAUGCUGGGGGGCAUGGUGCCAACCGAAAUCACCGACGGGUACCAGGUGGACUUCGUGUGGAAGGCAGUGUCGUAUGACCGAAUGCAGGUGGCCCUCAAGACCUUUGCGGUGGACGACACGUCGGUAUCGGGCUACAUCUACCACAGAUUGCUUGGUCACGAAGUGGAGCCUCAAGUGCUGCGGGUCACGCUCCCCCCCCGCUUCUCCGCGCCGGGGUUACCGGAGCUCAAUCAUUCGCAGUUCACCGCCGUGAAGGCGGUGUUGCAGCGGCCGCUGUCUCUGAUCCAAGGGCCUCCCGGCACUGGCAAGACGGUGACAUCGGCGACUCUGGUGUACCAUCUAGCUCGCCAGGGAAUGGGACAGGUGCUCGUCUGUGCACCUUCCAAUGUCGCAGUGGACCACCUGACAGCCAAGAUCAGCGCUACCGGCCUCAGGGUGGUGCGCCUCUGUGCCAAGAGCCGGGAAGCGGUGUCUACGGACGUGGACCAUCUGUCUUUGCACGUGAUGGUGAGAGCGCUGGACACGCCAGACAAGCAGGACCUGCGCAAGCUGCAGCUGCUCAAGGACGAGCUGGGUGAGCUAGUGGCGGCGGAUGAGAAGCGUUUCCGGCGACUUCGGUCCAGCGCGGAACGAGAAAUCUUGCAGGCGGCUGAUGUCAUUUGCACUACCUGUGUGGGAGCUGGUGACCCUCGCCUUAGCAACGUCAACCUGCGCUUCCGACAGGUGUUGAUCGACGAGGCAACUCAAGCCAUGGAAGCCGAGUGCCUCAUUCCAAUAGUCAUGGGCGCCAAGCAGCUGGUGCUGGUGGGAGACCACUGUCAACUUGGACCGGUGGUGCUGUGCAAGAAGUCGUCGAAGGCGGGGCUAACGCAGUCUCUGUUCGAGAGGCUCGUGCUGCUCGGAAUACGACCCGUCCGUCUUCAGGUUCAGUACCGGAUGCACCCUUGUCUGUCGGAGUGGCCGUCCAACAUGUUCUACGAGGGAACGCUUCAGAAUGGCGUCACCGAGGGAGAGCGAGUGAUGGACCAGGUGGACUUCCCUUGGCCGGUGCCCUCCAAGCCCAUGUUCUUCCUCAUGACAACGGGAGUCGAGGAGAUCUCGUCGAGCGGGACAUCCUACCUCAACCGCACGGAGGCCACGGCCGUAGAAAAAUGUGUCACGAGGUUCUUGCAGAAGGGGGUCACGCCAGACCAGAUCGGGGUGGUGACCCCCUACGAGGGUCAGCGAUCGUACCUCGUCGACCACCUGCAAAGAACGGGCUCCCUGCGAUCAUCGCUUUACUCGGAGAUCGAGGUGGCCAGCGUGGAUUCCUUCCAGGGCAGGGAGAAGGACCUCAUCUUGCUUACCUGCGUGAGGUCAAACGAGCACCAGGGUAUCGGUUUCCUUUCCGAUCCCCGGCGCCUUAACGUAGCCCUCACGCGUGCUCGCUUCGGGUGCAUCAUCAUCGGGAACCCUCGCAUACUGGCCAAGAACCCUCUCUGGAAUGCUCUCGUGAACUUCUACAAGGACCACGAGUGCCUCGUGGAAGGCCCCUUGGACAACAUGCAGCCGUCGCUCAUGUCCUUCCCGCCCCCGCUCAACAGGCGCAACGAUCAGCGCAGGCUCUACUUCACGGCGCUCGCGCAGGGCACACACGCCGCUGCGAACUCACAGUCAUGGGACGACAGGGACCGUUCUUCGAGGAAGGGCGACGCCGAUCGCGAGCCCAUGGACUCUCGCUACGACCCACGCUAUUCCAUCCGCCCUGACGGUGCGGAUUACGGCUACGGAAGCUAUUCGGACGCGCCCCAAGCGAACGGCGGACACAGAGGGGGAGGAGGUGACUUUGGAGGAGCCUGGGGAUCGGCGCCGUCUCACGAAUAUGGCUACGGCCAGUUUGGACCCGGUCCUAUUGACACGGGCGCACCGCAAGGCCCCCCCAGUGUUUCAGGGUCGUAUGUUUCUGCCAGCCAAGCUUCGACCUCGUUCGGCCAGAACAGGUGGGGGGGCGGCCUGGGCGGUCGUGACGAUCCGAGGGGGUGAGCUAGUCGGCGAGAUGUCUCCCCGGAACUGGAAUUUUAGGCGGCCAUGUCAUUGUUCAGACUCUUGGAAGAAUCGAAGUCAGACGAAAGCCAGUCGCGACGCGUCCUCCACCGCCCCCGACUCGUCUGUCUGUCUGUCUGUCCGUCGAUCGGCUGGGUUGAGACGGAGCUCCGAGCGUCGGUGUGGUGUUUUGUAGGCUGCCCUUGCAGCUGUCACAAUCGCAGCUUUGGUCGGGCAGCCAACUUCCCUAGCCGUGGUGCCCGAGCUUAGGUGUACCGGUGAACCAAGAUACUCGAACCUUUUAACGCUCUCUCUCCCGCCCGCGGGCAAAGCUCCAAGCGUCCUUAGCGUGGAAGAAGGGCUAGCCCGUCGCCUGCUCUUGCCACAAAGCACAGAAUUGGGGUGGCGGCACACGGCGGAUCGCGGCCUUUUUCUUUGCGGGUUUGCGCGCGGACUUGAACACACGUGUGUUCGGUCGGUGCGGAGGUGAAGUCAGAGUUAUUGGCGGAAGGGUUGAGGAAGAAACGGGGGCGUUCGGAUUUCGGGAAAAGACACGGGGUUGCGCUUCGAGAUGGCACGUUUUCUUGAUGUGAGGACCAUUGAGGUACACCACCUGGUGCCGUAGAGGGCACGACAAGGCUGGAUGCAGGAAUGCAAGGUGUUCUUGGCGUGUCGGUCGGCUUCACCGCAAGCCGGCCGUAGUCACCGCGUUGCGAGCGUGGUGAAAGGUUGAGAUGGUGUGAUAUUUGCGGCACUAGAAAAACCCACGAAGUUGGCUCCCUGUGAGGCACUUCCUGCCGUCUGCCGGCGACUCACGUCCUCGCAAGAUUGGAGCCUUGACUGGACGUAGCUCAUUGUCACUGAGACACCGCCGCAGGUGCGAGGGUUGCCAAUAGCUUUCCAACCUCGUUGAAUAGGCAUCGCCGGCAUAACACAAUGGGAUUGGCGUUGCCUCCGAUUGUUUGGUCGCUUGGCGCGAUCGGCUUGACGAAACGAAGUUUCCGUGAGCUUGCGACGGAAAGUCGUGCAUGGGGUAUGAGGUAGUGCGGCGUCGGCUCUUUUCUGCACAGCCAGUCCACAAACGCUUGCAUUGACUUGCUGUGAAGGUGAAGGUGAUAUGGCGUGCUUUCUUGUUGUGGGGGUGGGGAGAGGCUCGUAUCGCGAGAUAUAGGUACUCCAAUGGCAGGACUGUUCCAAGGGCAGGACAGCUGUCCGGCAAGCGUGUCUUGCCCAAGUGCUGUCGUGAGCACCGAUUGAUUCCUGUUUGCACGAGUGACGUUUGCCACUUUGCUGGAUGGUACAAUCUGUGUUAAUUUCUCGAUGUGAUGGACUAAUGGACUAGAGUAUUCUA